GUUGAAUGUGCGUAAGAUCUUUUAUUCAUCUCCAUCAUCUUCAACUCCCUUCCUCUCCUCCAUUUCUUCAUCCCUCUCUUUUUGGAUUUCAAAGUGGCAAUGUCUUCCCUCACUUCUGCUUCCGCUUCCGCUUCCUUAUGCAUUCCGAGGCCAACUUCUUCUUCUUCUUCUUCUUCUAAGUUCUUCAAAUUCAAUUCAUUUUCGUCCCAUUCCACUCCCCCGUGUUUUCGAGUGGUUUGUUCUGGUGGGUUUCCUCAACAGCCCAAUUCUUCCAAGGAUUUCAACUUUCUUCUCCACGAUGCCAUGGAUUCUUCUGGAAUUGACUCCACCUUUGCCAAGAGGACUACGCAGGAGGCUAGGAAGGGUUUCUUGAGUCAGAUUCACUAUUUAUCUAAGAUAGAGAGGGAUACAAGUAUUAGCAUUGAUAGACGUGUUGAUUUGGCGAAAGCUGCUCUUUAUAUUGCAGCAGAGGAUGAUUCCUUGGUAUCUCAUUCAUCUGUUCCUCUUCCGGUUGAUGCAUUUAUUCAUAGACUAAGUGAUCUUUCCAUGGGCUAUUGUACUCACUACAAAUCUUCAUUCAAUUCAUCCCCUGAAAUAUUUUUGGAAAGUAUAGAGAGGUAUAUGUACGUCAUGAAGGGUUUUAGAAGAACCGGUUCUAAAGCUCAAUCAGAGCCACGAGCUCUAUAUCUUCACACGGUCUUGACCCAUCGUACAGGCUCAGCUGCACUACUUUCACUCAUAUACUCAGAGAUCCUGAAAAUGCUUCGUUUAUGGAGUCUUCUAGAUUUUGAUGUAGAAAUAUAUCAUCCUCAUGAUGAUUAUAGCCUUCCCAUGGGCUAUCAUAAACUGAAAAGCAAAGAAUCUGAUCAAGCACACAUAAUGACAACUCAAACUCUCUUGGUGGAGAUUCUAAGCAAUUUAAAGGAAUCUUUUUGGCCAUUUCAACAAAAUCAAUCCAGAAGUUUGUUCUUAAGAGCAGCCGAUGUUGCUAACUGUAGUGAUAGUUCGGAUGCAUUUGAGGAAAGCGGCUUUCAGCUUGCAUCUGCCAAGGCCGCUCAACACAGGCUAGAACGUGGAGUUUGGACCAGUGUGCGUUAUGGAGAUAUGAGGCGUGCAUUAUCUGCAUGCGAACGGCUUAUCCUCCUUGAUGUUGAUUCGAAGGAAUUGAGAGAUUAUAGCAUCCUUCUCUACCAUUGUGGCUUUUAUGAGCAAUCUCUUGAGUAUUUGAAGUUGUAUCAGGAAACAAAGGGUUCCUCAAGUCUAACCAGCAAGUUAAGUAGCCAGGAAGAAGAAGCUGUGGAUAACUUGAUGAAACGCCUUGCACUUAUUAUGAUGGAAGAUGGUUGGAGCAGACCCUCAUUUUCUCGAAAGUUCAUCGAUAAGGACUCCGAACCUUGGUAAUCAACACAUCAUGUACAUUAUGUUAUGCCAGGCCAAGUAAACCUCGGUUUACGAGAUGGGUGGUGCUAGCCAAAUGUGAUCCAUCGUAUGGAAAAGUUAACUGGAUACAGCAUGUAUGGUUUAUAACAAAUAGGAAUGGAGCCAUAGGACCAGAUGCUGUACUUUAAUUUGGCAUUUGAGGGAGUUUGGUCCUUACUACAUUAUUCCACUAAAUAUUCAUGUAAAAAUGUUUCUGUAGGCUGUAAAUAUAUGUACUAUUGCUUUAGCUA